AUGGAAGGGGAACACUCGGGAGAGAACAUGGCCGAUGUCCUGCUACAGGUCAUCAAAGAUUAUAAGAUUACGGACCGGGCUUUCCUGAUCGGAAAGGACGCCAAAAAGAUCUGCAAAGAUCUAGACGCUGCAUACAAAGAAGGCGACAUGACGCGAAUCCGGGAGCUCUGGCGGAAGCGCGGCGCCAUCGGCAGGCUUCAUAAUAUCAUCAGAUAUAUUCGAGCCAGUCCUCAGCGCCGUCAGUUUUUCAGAUCAAUUGCCUGUGGGGGAGCACUGUCGGAGUUCGAUGGCUUAGAGAGCCAGCAAACGCGCUGGAACUCAUACUUCAUGUCAAUCGGCAGAGCUCUCAAUGUCAAGGAGAGAAUUCAGAUAUUCUGUGACCAGUAUGAGGCUGGCCAGAGCCAGAAAAGUCUCGCUGAAGACCGCCUGUCUGAGCAGCAGUGGAACGAGCUUGCACACCUUCAUGAUCAGCUGGAGACGUUCUACGACGGAACCCUGUCGACGGAAGGCAGGCAUUCAACGCUAGCAGAUCACUUUCAGACGCUCGACUGGUUGCUAAAUGAGAUCCAGCAGGCCAAGAUUAAAUUCGAGGAACUUCACAGGGCGGCUGUUCGAAGGAAGACCAGUCGUGGAGCUGCCGCUGCUGAAGCCGACAACUUUGCGUUUCUUGCCGCUUCGGCAGAAGCUUCCUGGCGUAAGGCCGAGCAGUAUUUCAAUAAAGUGGACGAGACACCGGCAUAUUAUACCGCCAUUUCGCUGAAUCCGACUCUCAAAAGUCAGUGGUACGUCGAGGCUUGGACAGACGAAGAAAAACGGUUAUGGAUCCCGGGCGUUACGAGGCUUGUUAGAGAACUCUGGCUAGAGGAGUAUCGGGGCAGGCAUUCCACAAAGCAGGCUUCGGUCUCCGCUUCGCCCGGUCCAACGUCGUCUGUUUCAGUUAGGAAGGAGAAGCCUUUUGCGGCUGUUAAGAGCCAUAAAAGACUGAAGCUUCGUCACGAGGUCGGAUCAACAGACCUGCCCGCCAUCGACCUUCUCGAUCAGUUCCUGGAGACAGAUGUUAUCCGGCUUGGUGAGGAGGAAAGCUUUGACGUUAUCAAGUAUUGGAACGAUCGCUAUCAUACACAACCUGAUCUAGCACGCAUGGCACUAGAUGUUCUAUCUGUUCCACCAAUGUCGGAUGAAUGCGAGCGGUUAUUCAGCAGCGCUAAGAUCCUGCUUUCUGACCGGAGGUCGAGGCUUAAGAUCGACAUCAUUGAAGCUAGCGAGUGCCUCCGGUCCUGGUACGGCCCACCUGCACGAAAUACUUUUGAGGAUAUCAACAUCGGGAGACUAGAAGGGGAGUCUGAUCUGCAGGAGGCUUACAAAGCUGGGGAUGGAUCUGAAGCUAAAAUGGACGACGAGGACCUUCGGAUCGUGGAUCAAGAUGAUUACCUCCAUGAUAAUACUCCUCAGCCCCAGGAGGGCUUGCGGUAG